AUGAACGACUACACAAGCAAACGUGGUUAUCAUUUUGAACGACAUGGCGUUCAAUUAACCAGAUAUGCAGAUCAGCUACUUAAUAUAAUAUCUACCGUUGACUACGAUGAACAAAUGCGCCCCAAUGCUGGUGGUCCACCAGUCAAUAUAUCCGUAUCUAUAUUCAUCACAAGUAUCCAUUCUUUAUCUGAAGUUUCCAUGGACUAUGCAGCAACUAUAUUUUUACCAAUAGAGUGGAGAGAUCCUAGAUUAAUCUUUAAUGGCACCCAACCAUUUUUAAUUCGCACUGGAACUGCAUUGUUGGAGAGAGUGUGGACACCAGAUAUAUAUUUCGUCAAUGUCAAAGAGGGAUAUCUACACCAAGUAACAGUUGCAAAUAAGGGCAUAAAGUUGUAUCCCGAUGGACGUGUUGUUUAUGAUAUAAGGGUAUUUAGUUUUGCUAUAAUACGGGAAUCUUUUGGAUAUGUCUUGUUUCAAACUUGUUAUCGUGCCAAUUCUAUUCUAGUCGGAUAUACCAAUAGCGACGUGCAGCUAUUCUGGAGUGACGAAUAUCCAGCAACAAUACCGGAUGACCUUGUAAUGCCCGAGUUCCUUGUCAGCAAACCAAAGGUGAACAGAUCAGUACAAUACUAUCCACAACUAGGACAUUAUGAUCAACUGUACUGCAGCUUCUCACUUCACCGUGAAGUCAUAUACUACAUUCUUGAGCAUUAUGUACCAUCUACCUUGAUGGUCAUUGUAUCGUGGGUAUCGUUUUGGUUAGACGUAGAAGCAGUCCCUGCCCGUGCCAGUCUAGGUAUAACAACCGCUCUCACAUUAGCCACGCUCAGUUCUGCUGCAAGGUAUCAGAUGGCGAAAGUCUCCUACACAAAAGCUAUCGACAUAUGGAUGUUGGUAUGUACGUUGUUUGUAUUUGCGGCAUUGGUGGAAUUUGCAUUAACAAGUUAUAUACACAAUAAAUCGAAAAUAUUCAUUGGUACGUCACAAUGGACUGAGGAGCCACAGGUGCCACAGGAAGGUGAUGAAGAUUGUAAACCGAAGGAACUGCGAGUCGAUGACAUGAACACCUUAGAAAGACGUGUCAGCAACGAAGUAAUUGAGAAGGAAUCUACUGAUGCCGAGCCCCAUAAUGGAAAUAACAUCUACUAUGAGAACGUUACUGGACGUGGGCGUUUGGAAGAACCGGUAUUUGACUUCAAGUAUGCAAAAAGGAACGUCAGACAUUGGUGGCAGUGA